AUGAGCUACGGGCGCGUAUCGGACCCGUCUCGUUGUAUGGACAUGCUGACUUGGGCGGCCGAUGGCAGCCGCACAACUAUCUUGACUUACUCUCCCACGCAUGCGGCAAUCGGAGUGCGGUGUCUAUCGAUCCUAAUUGACCUAAUUUUGCAGAAAAAAUCCUUGUUGCUGCGGGAAUGA